CCUUGGGACGUCCCUACCCUAAACCCUAACCCCCUAACCUUGACCAUUACCCUUAUCUAACCUUAACCCCGAUUUUAAACGUUUGGCUAAAUGAAAUAGCUAAACUAAAUGGAUAAUAAGACGAUAUUUGGAGCUGUAUUAGAUUUCAGGCUCUGAUCUUGUCCAAUCUUGAUACUGUUUCCGGUAAUAUGGUCAGGUGCAGCAAAGAAAGACCUAGUAAAGUUGCAGCUGACUCAAAACAAAGCAGCACACGUUUCCCUUAACUGCACAUACAGAACUAACAUCAACAACAUGCAUGACAAUCUUUCAUGGUUGGGAGUUGAGGAGAAACUGACUACUUCUCUUCUAGUCUUUUUAAGAAACAUGUCUGUGUUGAAAAUUCCUAACCACUUGUAUAAUCUAUUUGCAUGCACUUCAAACAGACAUACUGUACAUACUCCACCAGACAUGCCACUAUGGGUUUCUUCACUGUACCCAAAACCAAAAAAAAGACAAUGCAUCGCUAAAUUAUGUAUAGCGCCAUGUUAUCCUGGAAAGCUCUGCCACCAGAUGUUACUUGGGCAAAAAGCAAGUGUAUCUUUAAAAAAACAGAUAACAAACAUAUUGUAUCACAGCGCCUCUCCUAUUUCUAAAUAUCGAAUUUAACUGUACUGUAUAUACGAAUAUGAAUAUGUAUAUAUUAAUUGUGUGUAAAUAGUAUUUUUGUUGUUUCUUGGUGUCUUUCCAAUAUAUACAUAUUUUGAAUUUAAUUUAAUAUCUUAUGUUAUUCGUAUCUAUAAUAUACUUUGUCGUGUAUUUAUAGCCUACGUUUUUACGUGGAGCCCAGGAAGAGUAGCUGUUGCAUGUGCAGUAGCUAAUGGGAACCCUAAUCAAUUAGACUAAACUUAACUAUUUUAAAUUUAAACUUCAAUGGGGUGACGUCAGAGUUGGGACGUCCCAAGGAUCCCGUUUAGACUACAUCCAAGGUUUCGCGCUUGUUUCCCUAUCUGAAGAUCACAACCCGUUGUCCGGGUUUUCACAACACAGUCAAAUAUACAUCUAAAUCAGUAUUUGUCGUUUCAAUUUGGGCAAGGAGCGUGGAAGCAAUAAUUAGUUGAAUCAUAAUGCAUUAAUUAUUGCGUCUUUGGUUCUGAAGAGAGGAGAGAGACAAAACCGGGAGGGGAGGGUGUGGAGGGGUAAAGGCGGAACAAACCGGUGUGCCCUGAUAGACGCUGUAGCGGCUCGCCCGCACUGCAGAUUAACUCUUAGCAGGCCGAGGAUGCACAGGACCGGGCUUUCUCUUCCGUGAUCCAAGGGUCCCACAAAGAUGGACCUUUGCUCUGCAUCUUCGCUCCGGGUGAAGUUCCCUAUAGUAGGAAGAAGGACAGGAGGUAUCCCUUUUGCUCUGGGCAUGGUACAAACUUACAAACUCAUCUGCGAGGAACCACACUCUUUGAGAACCGAGAUAAAGAUCAUAUGUCCUCUCUUCAACCUGACACUGUGUGUGGACCAAAGCCAGGUGAAGGUGAGAGAGGACAAAAGCACAGAAUGUACACAGCACAACUGGAACACACUGAAAACCACUGACUGAACCUAACGUCCUUUCUCAAUGUUGGAAGAGACAGUCAGAGAGCAUUGUUUGUCCCACUCACUCUCAGUGAACAUACGCCAGACUGUCCUGUGUGAGUAAAGGUAGCUAGGAGGACGGGGCAAAAGGUGGGAGGUCCCACUCACAGUCAGUGAAGAUCCCAAGACACCCAAGAGACUAUCCAUCAAGACCCAGCCAUUACUGACUUUACAUAGCCACAUAACCAGGUCUGGCCCAGAGACAGCCAGUCCUUGGUGUGUGGAAGUAGCCCAGUUUGUGUGGGUGGAGGUAGCUAGGAGGAGGGAGCGCCAGUUGUCUUCUCAGGCCGGAUGCAGAACAUCCUCGAGCAGAACUUAGACAUGGCCACGGCUCUGCUGGCGGGGGAGAAGCUGAAGGAGCUGAUUCUGCCUGGCUCUUCCCAGGAUGAGAAGGGAGGCAUGCUGGCCGGCCUCAUGGUCCAGCUCAAACUAGAGCUACCAUUUGACCGCGUCGUCACCAUCGGCACCGUCAUUAUCCCCAUCCUGCUUGUCACCCUCGUCUUCACAAGGAACUUCGCAGAGGAGUCAAUCUACUGCUAUACGCCUCACAACUUCACCCGUGACCAGGCCCUGUACGCGCGAGGCUACUGUUGGACAGAGCUGCAUGACGCCGUGCCCGGGGUGGAGCCUGAACUUCGACCUUCGCUGUUCGAGCACAAGUUCCUGCCCUAUGCCCUGCUGGCCUUUGCUGGCAUCAUGUACAUCCCUGCUCUCGGCUGGGAGUUCAUGGCCUCCACAAGACUUACCUCCGAGCUCAACUUUUUGCUUCACGAGAUCGACAACUGCUACCACCGGGCGGCCGAGGGUCGGGCCCCUAAAAUCGAGAAGCAGAUCCAGUCUAAAGGACCGGGUAUCACUGAGAAAGAGAGACGUGAGAUCAUCGAGAACGCGGAGAAGGAGAAGAGCCCCGAGCAGAACCUGUUUGAGAAGUACCUGGAGAGACGAGGCCAGAGCAACUUCCUGGCCAAGCUGUACCUGGGGCGCCACCUGGCCAUAAUCUGCCUCAGCUCCAUCCCCAUCUCCUACCUGAGCGCCUACUGGCACCGCCAGCGCCAGAACGAGUUCAGCUGUGCCCUGGGGGAGCCUCCAGACACCAGCAGCAUCCCAGAGCUGAGGCUCAGCGUCAACUGCAAACUGCCGGCCGUGCAGCUGCAGCGGAUCAUGGCCGCCGUGGACAUUGGCCUGCUGAGCACCAUGAACCUCGUCAUCCUGGUCAACCUGCUGCACCUGUUUGUGGUGCGCAAGUCCAACUUUGUGUUCGACAAACUGCACAAGGUGGGCAUCAAGACGCGGAGGCGCUGGCAGAAGUCCCAGUUCUGCGACAUCAACAUUCUGGCCAUGUUCUGUAACGAGAACCGUGACCACAUCAAGUCACUCAACCGCCUGGACUUCAUCACCAAUGAGAGCGACCUCAUGUAUGACAACGUGGUGAGGCAGCUGCUGGCCGCGCUGGCCCAGUCUAACCAAGAUGUCACGCCCACUGUGAGGGACUCAGGCAUCCAGACCCUAGAUCCCAAUAUGGACCCCUCUCUCCUGGGGGUAGGGGAGCUGGGAGGGGAGCCGUUGGUCAUCAAACGACCACGCAAGAAGAUGAAGUGGAUCCCCAGCUCCAACCCUCUCCCGCAGCCCUUUAAGGAACCUCUGACAAUGACGCGUUUGGAGAACAGCAUUAAGCCUGAGAAGCCCAAACUGGUGAGGAGGAAAACAGUGGCAGAGAGCUACGUCGCUCCUUUAAGCAAGAGCACACAGUACUCUGCUAAAGAUAUGAGCACGAUGGAGAAAAAGCAUAGUCGCAACUUUUCCCUGGAUGUCCACCCGUACAUGCUGACCAUCCGUAAGCCCACCAAAGUAGAGACAGUCAGUGCAGAGCCUCUACCCCCAGACCACACCCUGGACGCGGUGUUCAUCGAGGGCACACACACCAUUGUCCAUGUCUCCGCUUCUAUCACAGAAAAGAAAGAUCGCACUCCAGAAUCCACCAACACAGUCUUCUCUACAAUGACCGUCCCCACCAGCACCUAUAUGAACGGUGCCACUCCCAGCCCCAACCCACCCUUUCUUGUUGACCGCCACCUUACAGAACCCCUGAUCGAGCAAGAGGAGCCUGAAGAUGCCCAGCCUGCAGUCUUCACUCGGAUCCCUUCCCACCAGCUGCUCAGUAUGCAUCAGCUACUCAGUAUGGAGGAAGAGGAGGCUAGAGGCCAGGGGGCCAGACUGUCUGAGAGACCCGGGGGGGAACUGAUUUCUGCUGGGGAGUGUUAAGGAGGAGACACACACGUCCCAUCCCACCUAUAGCCAAAAGCCACACUGUCCCCCUGACCCCUAGUUAUGCUGUGCUCAUACCUCACUACUACUCUGGUGAAGGCACUGAGUGCGAGUGCUGAUGGUGCUGAACCAGAAUUUUUAGCUGGAGUGUUGAAGAUUUAACAAGAUGGAGCAUAAGAGAGGAAGUGGUUCAAUGUGUUCUGAUCUACCCAUAGUCAUCUGACUGCUGUUACUCUCUCCACACAUGAAGACUUCGUUGAAAUGCACACAGGAGCAUUAUCUUUGUAGAUCCUGCACAGUUGAAUGGAGCAUUUGUUGGUCAUGUUCUUGACUUGGAGAGGAAGCAGCUCUUAAUGAAAAAGAUAAGAAAGAGAAUAGGGAAGACAUACGGUUUGAAGCUUUUUAAACACAUUUUAGAAAAGCACACAAUCUAUAGUUCAUUCGGGAAGUAAUCAGGGCCUUCACUUUUUCCACAUUUUGUUACUUUACAGCCUUAUUCUAAAAUGGAUUAAAUAGUUUUUCCCCCUCAUCAAUCUACACACAAUACCACAUAAUGACUAAGCAAAAACAGGUUUUUGGAAAUGUAAUAAUGAAAUAUCACAUUUACGUACACUACCGCUCAAAAGUUUGGGGUCACUUAGAAAUGUAUUGUUUUUGAAAGAUAAGCACAUUUUUCUGUCCAUUAAAAUAGGAUCACAUUGAUCAGAAUACAGUGUAGACAUUGUUAAUGUUGUAAAUGACUAUUGUAGCUGGAAAUGGCUGAUUUUUAAUGGAAUAUCUACAGUUGAAGUCGGAAGUUUACAUACACCUUAGCCAAAUACAUUUAAACUCAGUUUUUCACAAUUCCUGACAUUUAAUCCGAGUAAAAAUUCCCUGUCUUAGGUCAGUUAGGAUCACCACUUUAUUUUAAGAAUGUGAAAUGUCAGAAUAAUAGUUGAGAGAAUGAUUUAUUUCAGCUUUUAUUUCUUUCAUCACAUUCCCAGUGGGUCAGAAGUUUACAUACACUCAAUUAGUAUUUGGUAGCAUAGCAAUUGUUUAACUUGGGUCAAACGUUUCAGGUUGCCUUCCACAAGCUUCACACAAUAAGUUGGGUGAAUUUUGGCCCAUUCCUCCUGACAGAGCUGGUGUAACUGAGUCAGGUUUGAGGCCUCCUUGCUCGCACACGCUUUUUCAGUUUUGCCCACAAAUUUUCUAUAGAAUUGAGGUCAAGGCUUUGUGAUGGCCACUCUAAUACCUACUUUGUUGUCCUUAAGCCAUUUUGCCACAUUUUUGGAAGUAUGCUUGGGGUCAUUGUCCAUUUGGAAGAUCCAUUUGCAACCAAGCUUUAACUUCCUGACUGAUGUCUUGAGAUGUUGCUUCAAUAUACCCACAUAAUGUUCCAUCCUCAUGAUAGCAUCUAUUUUGUGAAAUGCACCAGUCCCUCCUGCAGCAAAGCACCCCCACAACAUGAUGCUGCCACUCCCGUGUUUCACUGUUGGGAUGGUGUUCUUCGGCUUGCAAUCCUCCCCCUUUUUCCUCCAAACAGAACGAUGGUCAUUAUGGCCAAACAGUUCUAUUUUUGCUUCAUCAGACCAGAGGACAUUUCUCCAAAAAGUACGAUCUUUGUCCCCAUGUGCAGUUGCAACCCGUAGUCUGGCUUUUUUAUGGUGGUUUUGGAGCAGUGGCUUCUUCCUUGCUGAGUGACCUUUCAGGAUAUGUCGAUAUAGGACUCGUUUUACUGUGGAUAUAGAAACUUUUGUACCUGUUUCCUCCAGCAUCUUCACAAGGUCCUUUGCUGUUGUUCUGGGAUUGAUUUGCACUUUUUGCACCAAAGUAUGUUCAUCUCUAGGAGACAGAACGCGUCUCCUUCCUGAGCGGUAUGACGGCUGCGUGGUCCCAUGGUGUUUAUACUUGUGUACUAUUGUUUGUACAAAUGAACGUGGUACCUUCAGGCAUUUGGAAAUUGCUCCCAAGAAUGAACCAGACUUGUGGAGGUCUACAAUUUUGUUUUCUGAGGUCUUGGCUAAUAUCUUUUGAUUCUCCCAUGAUGUCAAGCAAAGAGGCACUGAGUUUGAAGGUAGGCCUUGAAAUACAUCCACAGGUACACCUCCAAUUGACUCAAAUGAUGUCAAUAAGCCUAUCAGAAGCUUCUAAAGCCAUGUCAUAAUUUUCGGGAAUUUUCCAAGCUGUUUAAAGGCACAGUCAACUUGGUGUAUGUAAACUUCUGACCCACUGGAAUUGUGAUACAGUGAAUUAUAAGUGAAAUAAUCUGUCUGUAAACAAUUGUUGGAAAAAUGACUUGUGUCAUGCACAAAGUAGAUGUGCUAACCGACUUGCCAAAACUAUAGUUUGUUAACAAGAAAUUUGUGGAGUUGUUGAAAAAUGAGUUUUAAUGAUACCAGCCUAUGUAAACUUCUGUCUUCAACUGUACAUAGGCAUAUAGAAAACCCUUUUGCAAUUAUGUUAGCACAGCUGAAAACUGUUAUGCUGAUUUAGACUAGUUGAGUAUCUGGAGCAUCAGCAUUUGUGGGUUCGAUUACAGGCUCAAAAUGGCCAGAAACAAAGACCUUUCUUCUGAAGGCUAUUUCAUGCGAGAAAUUGCAAGAAACUGAAGAUCUUGUACUACGCAGUGUACUACUUCCUUCACAGAACAACGCAAACUGUCUCUAAUCAGAAUAGAAAGAGGAGUGGGAGGCCCCGCUGCACAACUGAGCAAGAGGACAAGUACAUUUGAGUAUCUAGUUUGAGAAACAGACGCCUUAAGUCGUCAACUGGCAGCUUCAUUAAAUAGUACCUUCAAAACACCAGUCUCAACGUCAACAGUGAAGAGGCGACUCUGGGAUGCUGGCCUUCUAGGCAGAAAAAGCCAUUUCUCAGACUGGCCAAUAAAAAGAAAAGAUUAAGAUGGGCAAAAGAACACAGACGCUGGACAGAGGAAGACUGGAAAAAAGUGUUAUGGACAGACGAAUCUAUGUUUGGGGUGUUCAGAUCACAAAGAACAUUCGUGAGACGCAAAUAAAAUGAAAAGAUGCUGGAGGAGUGCUUGACGCCAUCUAUCAAGCAUGGUGGAGGCAAUGUGAUGGUCUGGGGGUGCUUUGGUGGUGGUAAAGUGGGAGAUUUGUACAGGGUAAAAGGGAUCUUGAAGAAGGAAGGCUAUCACUCCAUUUUGCAACGCCAUGCCAUACCCUGUGGACGGCGCUUAAUUGGAGCCAAUUUCCUCCUACAACAGGACAAUGACCCAAAGCACAGCUCCAAACUAUGCAAGAACUAUUUAGGGAAGAAGCAGUCAUUCGGGUAUUCUGUCUAUAAUGGAGUGGUCAGCACAGUCACCGGAUCUCAACCCUAUUGAGCUGUUGUGGGAGAAGCUUGACUGUAUGGUAUGUAAGAAGUGCCCAUCAAUCCAAUCCAACUUGUGGGAGGUGCUUCUGGAAGCAUGGGUUGAAAUAUCUUCAGAUUACCUCAACAAGUUGACAACUAGAAUGCCAAAGAUCUGCAAGGCUGUAAUUGCUGCAAAUGGAGGAUUCUUUGACGAAAGCAAAGUUUGAAGGACACAAUUAUUAUUUUAAUUAAAAAUAAUUAUUUAUAACCUUGUCAACGUCUUGACUAUAUUUCCUAUUCAUUUUGCAACUCAUUUCAUGUAUGUAUUCAUGUAAAACAAGGACAUUUCUAAGUGGCCCUAAACUUUUGAACGGUAGUGUAAGUAUUCAGACCCUUUACUCAGUACUUUCUUGAAGCACCUUUGGUAGAGGUUACAGCCUCGAGUCUUCUCGGGGAUGACACUGCAAGCUUGGCACACCUGUAUUUGGGUAGUUUCUCCCAUUCUUCUCUGCAGAUCAUCUCAAGCUCUUUCAGAUCGGAUGGGGAGUGUCGGUGCACAGCUAUUUUCAGGUCUCUCCAGAGAUGUCCAAUCUGGUUCAAGUCUGGGCUCUGGCUGGGCCACUCAAGGACAUUCAGAGACUUGUCCCAAAGCCACUCCUGUGUUGUCUUGGCUGUGUGCUUAGGGUCGUUGUCCUGAUGGAAGGUGAACCUUCGCCCCAGUCUGAGGUCCUGAGCACUCUGGAACAGGUUUUCAUCAAGGAUCUCUCUAUACUUUGCUCUGUUCAUCUUUCCCUCAAUCCUGACUAGUCUCCCAGUCCCUACCGCUGAAAAACAUUCCUGCAGCAUGAUCAAGGAUGCCAAAUAGUCACAUUUCGCCGUUUUGAACACAAAAUAGGUUACCUUCGUGAUUUGUGUAGAUCCAAUGAGAAAAGUUUUAGCGGGUGUGAUGCACGUUUGGAGCAACACUGGCUGUAUCCAAGGCUCAGCCAAUCGUUCACAUAACAACAUAAUGCAGCACGCGACUGAAGAGAGAACCAAUUUGCUAGUUACAGCAUCAGCGCGCGCUCUGGAAAGACAACGGAGAGCGGAGAGGCAGUUUGCCAGUUACAGCAGCGCAUCCCCUGAACGAUAACGAAGAGGUUGGUGAGAAGGUGAUGAAGCGUACUUCAUGAGCUGUAACCGAAAAACAACUGGCAUUUCGAAAGUUUUAGGUGAGGGAGAUAGUGUGGUGGAACAAGUAUUGUUAGCAUUGUUACGUAUCUUACUAGCUGGAUCGAAUUCUCUGUUAGCUAGCCAGAGAAAUGUUGAGCAACAUUAGCCAACUUAACUGAUCAAAUAAUUGAGUUUAUGGUGUGAAAAUUAGCUGGCUAAUAAAGUCAGACAGCUAACGUUAACGGUAGCUAAUGUUACAACAUCAGAUGCGCUAACGUUAGUGACCGAACCAAUUCGCUCUAGUACUAACUGGUAUACAACUUCUUGCCAUUCCUCAAGUUAUAACAUGUUAGUUGCCCACUGGACCCUGGCAAUCUGUGAAUAGUUAACUAGCUAACGAACUAACUACUAUCUGUGAACUAAUGUUUUCUCUCUACAGUAUGUGGUUAAUUUUCAGAAUGAGAGAAUUAGGUGAAAAUGAGGCAUUCCUUGUUAUACAAAUGGACUCAGGGAUCAAGUGAAGCUGGAGCUGGGCCUGGCUUAAGCUGGAUGUCACUAUAGAGGUGAAAGGCUACACCACAUCCUUUCCCUCUUUCUCAUUUUUUUUCAAUGUAGUGUAUAAAAGGGGUAUGCCAGGUGUACUCUGCCUGAAAGAGAUCACUUCUGCCUACAAAGGGUAUCAUGCUCUGCUGACACAUUGUAGAACAGAUGUCCACAGGCAGAAAGUGUACAAUGUAGUAACGUACAGUGUAGCCCAAAGAUAUUGCUUUUGUUGUGUUGAAUUUGACAUUAACACUUGUGUGUAAGUGAGGGGGGAUUAUUUGGUCGCGGCCGGCUGCGACGGAGCCUGGACCCGUACCAGGAUCUCUAGACCACUUCGCCUUAGACCACUUCGCCACUCGGGAGGCUGCUUUCUGUAUUAAAAAAAAUAUAUCUGUGAGUUAGGUUCACAUUAACCACUUUUUAUUUUACACACAGAGACUGAUCAUGUAGAUCAUAUUAUUUGUUGUUUAAUUAGUUAAAACCUGCAUUUCCACCUACCAGGGAUUUUUUAAAUGUUUCAGUGCCACAAAAAAAUUCACCUUUUUGGGCCCUUACCAGUUUGUUUCCAUGCAUGAUGCUGCCACCAACACCUUGCUUCACCAUAGGGAUGGUGCCAGGUUUCCCCAGAUGUGACGCUUGGCAUUCAGGCAUAAGAGCUCAAUCUUGGUUUCAUCAAACCAGAGAAUCCUGUUUCUCCUGGUCUGUCCUUUAGGUGCCUUUUGGCUAAUUCCAAGCAGGCUGUCAUGUGCCUUUUACUGAGGAGUGGCUUCCGUCUGGCUGCAGAGAUUGUUGUCCUGGAAGGUUUUCCCAUCUCCACAGAGGAACUCUGGUGCUCUGUCAGAGUGACCACCGGGUUCUUGGUCACCUCCCUGACCAAUUCCCUUCUCCCCCGAUUACUCAGUUUGGCUGGGCGACCAGGUCUAGGUUCCAAAAUUCUUCAAUUUAAGAAUGAUGGAGAUCACUGUGUUCUUGGGGACCUUCAAUGCUGCAUACAUGUUUUGGUACCCUUCCCCAGAUUUGUGCCUCGACCCGAUCCUGUUUCUGAGCUCUGAGGACAAUUUCUAUGCCCUAAUGGCUUGGUUUUUGCUCUGACAUGCGCUGUCAACUGUGGGACCUUAUAUAAACAGGUGUGUGCCUUUCCAAAUCUUGUCCAAUCAAUUGAAUUUACCACAGGUGGACUCCAAUCAAGUUGUAGAAACAUCUCAAGGAUGAUCAAUGGAAACUGGAUGCACCUGAGCUCAAUUUUGAAUCUCAUAGCAAAGGGUCUGAAUACUUAUGUAAAUAAUGUAUUUCUGUUUUUAUUUUUCAUAAAUUUGCAAAAAUAUCAACAAAAAAACUGUUUUUGCUUUUUCAUUAUGGGGUAUUGUGUGUAGAUUGACUAUAAAAAAAAAAAUCAUCCAUUUUAGAAUAAGACUGUAAUGCAACAAAAUGUGGAAAAAGUCAAGAGGUCUGAAUAGUUUCAGGAUAUAUUGUAUAUACAGAACAAAAAUAUGAAUGCAACAUGUAACAAUUUCAACAAUUUUUUAUUUUUUUAUUUUUUACCCCCUUAUUUUUUCUCCCCAAUUUCGUCGUAUCCAAUUGUUAGUAGUUACUGUCUUGUCUCAUCGCUACAACUCCUGUACGGGCUCGGGAGAGACGAAGGUUGAGAGCCAUGCGUCCUCCGAAACACAACCCAACCAAGCCGCACUGCUUCUUAACACAGCGCGCAUCCAACCCGGAAGCCAGCCGCACCAAUGUGUCGGAGGAAACACCGUACACCUAGCGUCCUGGUCAGCGUGCACUGCGCCCGGCCCGCCACAGGAGUCGCUAGUACGCGAUGAGACAAGGAUAUCCCUACCGGCCAAACCCUCCCUAACCCGGACGGCGCUAGACUAAUUGUGCGUCGCCCCAUGGACCUCCCAGUCGCGGCCGGCUGCGACAGAGCCUGGGCUCGAAUCCAGAGUCUCUGGUGGCACAGCUAGCACUGCGAUGCAUUGACAAUUUCAACAUUUUACCGAGUUACAGUUCAUAAGGAAAUCAGUAUAUUUAAAUAAAUUAGGCCCUAAUCUAUGGAUUUCACAUGAUUGGGAAGUGGCACAGCCAUGCGUGGGUCUGGGAAGGCAUAAGCCCACCUACUUGGGAGCCAGUUCCAAGCCCAGCCAAUUAGAAUGAGUUUUUCCCCACAAAAGUUGUUUUUAAAGACAGAGACACUUCUCAGUUUCAUCAGCUGUCUGGAUAUGCCAGAUGUGGAGGUCCCUGGCUGGCGUGGUUACACGUAGUCUGCAGUUGUGAGGCCGGUUUGACGUACUGCCAAAACAUUUUAAACAACGUUGGAGGCGGCUUAUGGUAGAGAAAUUAACAUUAAAUUCUCUGGCAACAGCUCUGGUGGACAUUCCUGCAGUCAGCAUGCCAAUUGCACCCUCCCUCAAAACUUGAAACAUCUGUGGCAUUGUGUUGUGUGACAAACUGCAUAUUUUAGAGUGGCCUUUUAUUGUCCCCAGCACAAAGUGCACCUGUGUAAUGAUCAUGCUGUUUAAUCAGCUUCUUGAUAUGCCACACCUGUCAGGUAGAUGGAUUAUCUUGGCAAAGAAGGCAUGUUCACUAACAGGGAUGUAAACAUACAGUAUUUGUGCACAAAAUUUGAGUGAAAAAAGCUUUUUGUGCGUAUGGAAAAAUUCUGGAAUAUUUUAUUUCAGUUCAUGAAACAUGGGACCAACACUUUACAUGUUGCGCUUAUAUUUUUGUUCAGUGUAGAAUUCCAUAAAGACUGCUUCACCAACAGCCACAUUAUGAAAACAUGUUUAUAAAACAUUCAUAUUAUUGCUUAUGGUCCCUCUAUCGAAGUGUACUGAAAGCCAAUGCAAUACACUUUUUAAAAAUCUGCACUGCAAUAUAUGCAAAAUAUCACAUAAUGUUGUUUGUGGCAAUAAUGUUUACGCUCACAAGUUAUAAAAAUGUUUACAUACUAUAAAUAAUCUAUAGACUGUAUGUAGCCCUAUCUCAGUUGUUGUGGUGUGCUCACACAUAAAUGUUCCAUUAGUUAAUCAGUGUCAUUUGACCAUACAGAAGACAGGGAGAGGAGGCAAAGUGAGAACGCACCUACCUUAUAGAAGACUGGGCUCCUCAAAGGUGCAAUAUGCAACUUAUGUUUUACCAUUUGCACACUUAGCCCUGAAGCAAAACUAAAAACAAAUGGUUGCGUUCGUUUAAGUUCCCCUACAAACAAGUGCAUGGGCAGUACUUUUGACUGGGAAUGAAAGUUACAGAUUGCACCUUUUAAUGGGUUCCUCUCACACCACUAGUGCACUUAUUAGGUAAGGUUCGCUGAUCCAUCCACAAGGGAAGUCAUAGGUUGGAUUUUCAUGUGUUAACAAAAAUGUCAAAUUCAGAAACACCUUCACUUUAAUUCAUAUAGGCAAGCAUAUGCAUUAUUGCCAACUUUCAAGUUAAAAUCUCCUUGCUAUGGAUCUACGAAAGGUAUUCCAAACCUGCCACCUCUCAACGUCAGUAGAAGUGACUGUUUUCAUGACCUUUCAAGGUGCAGUGGUCUUUACGCCAGGACUGCAAUUCAACUGAAACCUGGACUCAUUCAGGGAGAGUGCUGGACAUUGCAGUCAUAUCCAGCUUUUCUUGUGGACGUUAUGAACAAUAAGGGAAAUUAUACGUAGAUAUAGAAACCAUUGUACACAAUAAAAUGCACAGCAUCUGAA